AUGACUGCAAUAUAUGGACUGCCCGACAAUUUAAGUAGGCCAGGUCCUGCACACAGCGGCAGAGAGACAAUAUUUCACAAUGGAUCCAUGCUCCUUGAAAAGGUCAACCUGAAGGACACAGGCUUCUAUACCGUACGAACCUAUAAUAUACAUGGAAAUGCCAUUUCAACAACAUUCACAUACCUCAACGUGUAUGGUUCCCUUUCUGCAUUCUGUAAUGCUCUCACUUCUUCCCGACUCAUGAUCCAACCAGUGCUUCGCUAUGUUGCUAAAGGUGAAGAUGUACUUCUCCAAGUUCAUAAUCUUCCAAAAGAAGCACGAGUAUUUUCCUGGCACAAAUCAAACAAUGGGAGCCCAGCCCGUAAAGUUGUAGAAUACAAUAGAUUAGCAAAUGUUAUCUCCUGGCUGCCUGCAGAGGAAAGAAGAAAGGAGGUGUACGAAAAUGGAUCCCUGCUGCUUAAGAAAGUCAUUGAGAGCGAUGCAGGGAUGUACACACUCGAAGUUUUAUACAACCAUUUCAAAACUGAAAGAGCAAAUGUGGAGUUUUAUGUAAAGAAGUCUGUGACACAGCCCUUUGUGCAAAUCACUGACACCACUGUCACAGGAGGUACAUCUGUGAUCUUGACCUGCGUUUCACCUGAUACUGAUGUCUCCAUCCGUUGGAUCUUUAAUAAUGAGAAUCUGCAGCUCACAGAGAAGAUGACUCUGUCCCCAACAAAGUGUGGACUCAGAAUAGAUCCUGUAGGGAGAGAGCAUUUUGGACUAUACCAGUGUGAGGUCUCCAAUCACUUCACCUCCCUUUUAACCUUCUGGCACCUGUCCACCAUCGCCCGUGAGACCACUGUGUCAGUGCCACCCCUAGUGCCUGAAGGAGAUGACGUCCUGUUCCUUGUCCACAAUCUGCCAAAGGACAUUAAAUCCUUAGCCUGGUUCAAAGGGCAAGGAAACACAAGCAAAAAAAUUGCAACAUAUACACUGCACAACGAUUUAAGGAGGCGAGGUCUUGCAUACAGCAAUAGAGAGACAAUAUAUCACAACGGAUCUAUGCUGUUUGAGAAGGUCACCCUGAAGGACUCAGGAUUCUAUACCCUACAAACCUAUAAUAGACAUGGAAAAAAUGUAUCAACAACAUCUGUGAUCCUCAAUGUGAAAGCUUACCUUUGGAAGUGUGGGCGCCUUUCUACCUCUUCACAGCCCAGGAUUGAAUCAGUGCCACCCAGCGUUGCUGAAGGGAGAAGUGUUCUUCUACUUGUUCGCAAUAUCCCAGAGCGUGUUACAGCCUUUCUCUGGUUCAAAGUAGAGAAUGACUCAAAGAAGACCCUUCUGGCUUUCCACUAUCAUCCAUUUGAAAAACCAGUUUUUUGGGGGCCUGCAUACAGUGGCAGGGAAACGGUCAACAGUGAUGGGUCCCUGCUGCUUCACAGUGUCAGUCAGAAAGACCGUGGAUUGUACAUACUGCGAAUCGUGAAAGCAGAUGCUAAAGAUGAAGAAGCAAAAGUGCAACUCCAGGUGGACAAGCCUGUGACACAGCCCUUUGUGCAAAUCACUGACACCACUGUCUCAGGAGGUGAUUCUGUGACCUUCACCUGCAUUUCACCUGACACUGAUGUCUCCAUCCGUUGGAUCUUCAAUAACAGUACUCUAUACUUCACAGAGAGGAUGACUCUGUCCCCAACAAAGUGUGGACUCAGAAUAAGUCCUGUCAAGGAAAUGGAUAGUGGAAAAUAUCAGUGUGAGGUCUCCAACCACUUCAGUUCGAAGACCAGUCUCCCAGUUUCCUGGCCAUGA